UCUCAAGUUCUUGUUUUCUUCCUUAUCUCUUCCAUCUACUCUCACAAACUGUUAUCUAAAUCUAAUCGUUCAUCUUCGUCUUCUUAUUCUUCCAUUUUCUGAAUUCAUUUUAUAUUCAUUUGCGCCUUCUUGUAAUCAUUGGAAUUGAUUUCGAGUGAAGCCCACCGUUUUUUCUUUUCUGUUUCUCUCUUCUUCUCUUGAAACCCUCGAUUAAUCUAUGUGCUUUGACGCCUAUUUGUUUGAUUAAAUUGGAGGGUUUUUUUUUUUUUUUUUUUUUUUUUUUUUUUUNUUUUUUUUUUUUUCUUUUGCUUGAUUCGUAUGGCUUUGCUUUCGAUUUUGUCGGAGAUUUUGGGGAAACCCAGAAUUGUUGAUGUGCUUGGCGAGCUUAUGGUGUUGAUUGCUCCUCUUUGGAUUGCGGUUAUUGUUGGAGUUUUGGUGGGGUGGACUUGGAAACCGAAAUGGGCUAAUUUGGGACGAGAAAUGUUGGAUUCUUCAGGUUCGGAUGAGUCUAAGUCGACGUCGACUUCCUUCUCGUUGUUGGGGUCAAUUCCGAGCUUCAAUUCCUUGAACUUGCAGAUGCCUAGCUGUUUACUUAGCUCCUUUGAUGGAAAAGAUGAGAAGGAAACUUCCUCUUCGCCGUCGAACUCUGAUUCUGACUCGAGUUUGUUAGAACUUGAAGGAGAAAAUUUGAAAGUUGUGAAUGAUGAUGAUUUGGAGUACCUAUGGAAGCUAGUUGAAGAGAAAGAUGGAGGACCCGCGUGGAUUCAAAUGAUGGAUCGUUCUACUUCGAAUAUGAGUUAUCAAGCAUGGAGAAGAGAUCCUGAGACUGGACCGCCACAAUAUAGAAGUAGAACUGUGUAUGAAAAUGCAACUCCGGAGAUGGUGAGGGAGUUCUUUUGGGAUGACGAGUUUCGGUCAAAAUGGGAUGACAUGCUCAUAUCUGCUAGAACUUUGGCAGAAUGCCCAACAACAGGAACCAUGGUAGUUCAUUGGGUGCGCAAGUUUCCUUUCUUCUGUAGUGACAGAGAGUAUAUAAUCGGGCGACGAAUCUGGGAAGCAGGGCGAUCAUAUUACUGCGUCACAAAGAGUGUACCAUGUUCCUCUGUACCGAGAUGCAACAAACCAAGACGGGUUGAUUUGUACUACUCGAGCUGGUGCAUUCGUGCAGCUGAAUCGAAGAAGGGGGACGGACAGCUAACUGCAUGCGAGGUUAUACUGUUUCACUACGAAGACAUGGGCAUCCCUUGGGAAAUUGCCAAGCUCGGAGUUCGUCAAGGAAUGUGGGGAACUGUUAAAAAGAUCGAUCCCGGGCUACGAGCAUACCAAAAAGAGAGAGCAUCAAGUUCGUCGGUACCACACUGUGCCUUCAUGGCUCAAAUCAACACCAAAGUUAAUGUAGAUUACUUGAGAUCUCUGGAAAACAGCUCCCACAAUGGUUCCAUGGAGGAUCAAAGUUCAAACUCAUCAGAAAAACCAGCUCGGAAGAACAUUCCCAAACUGCUCGUGGUUGGUGGAGCCAUUGCUCUAGCCUGCACCAUUGACCGUGGACUAUUAACAAAGGCAGUCAUAUUUGGAAUUGGCAGAAGGUUCGCCAAGAUUGGUAGAAGAUUAUGAACUGAUGCUAGCUAGCAGGCUCAAGCAUUUUGUCCUGAUCACAAUACCCCCCCCCCCCCCC